AUAAGUCGUAAUCUAAGACGCAGACACUUUCAACGGUCUUCCAAGAGAUUCAACCUUUUCAACGGGUCAAUUUUCCUGCCGUGAAGUUCACAUUCCCCGAGGGUGAAGAAAACUUCCCGUGGUGAGAGUUGGCGGAAACCGACGAAAGUUGCAAGCCAAAUCGAGUCAAGCGAGCCGUAAUGACAAAGCGAAACUUUUGACAAAGCAGGGGCACAGAAAAACCGCUGGAAGUUUACGUUACUCCAUUACUUACCCCAUUUACUUCACUUUUAUACCCACAGACCAGGUUGAGGCCUGUUUCUCGCCCACCGAAUCACUUUGAAAAGGGGUUCUUGAGAGAAGAGCAGGGAAGGGUUUGAAUCAUGGGACUGAACAACCCGGACGUCGGGUUCGGACACUCGGCAUCCGAGCGCGCUUCGUCGCUCUUUGAAACCUGGCCGUUUUCAGCUCUGCAAUCCCGUGAACAUGACCCCAAUGGCAGUUUUUAUUUGCAACAGUCACACAACAAGAAGCAGGCGGAAGUGGAGUACCCGGAUACGGGCGUGUUCAACAGCCCCGUGGUGUCGGCGGCGCUGUCGAGUCACGCCAUCUCCCCGCGGUUCCUAGGUGCCAGCCCCUCGACACUCCUCACGCCCGUGGCUCCAAUGCCCGCUGGCGCCGGUGUGCACAUGCACCCGGUUCGACACCGACUUCCGCCUCACCCAGCUGACUUCGACACGACAUCGGCGGCGAGUGUCACGCGGCUGGGCGCGGCCAUGAUGAGCCUCGGCGCCCACGCGAACCUGCUGACGGCGCCUGCCAAAAACUAUGUCCAGGAAAACCCUCGGAUUCCCACCAACUAUUACGUUAAGAAUCCCACUUCCGGUGCGUUCAUGCCGGUGUUGGCGCAGUCGUCGCGAGUGGGAAGUUUGACCGGUUUCCCGAACCCGGAAGCAAAGCCGUCACAGAGCUACGGUGUCGGGAUUGUCGAAGACGGUGAUGACGAUCGUCGUUACAGCCGCACGUGGCCCUACACCGCCAAGUCUCCGAGCAUUAUCGAGUUUGACACACGCGCCUCGCCCAGUUUUUCUGGAACCCCGAUUUCUAGGCAGCACAGCGCAGCUGCGGUCGCUGCCCGACAACGCGUCUCCGACAUUCGCAACAACACACGAACCAGUCCAAGCAAUACUCAAACAAGACAGCAAAGUAAACAACCAACCCACACUGUUCCUCUAGUUGGCGCUUGGACGAUCAAUCGGUGGUUAUCAGUGAUGUCUGAAGAAUCCUCUACUGCUUUCAUGGUCUGGUCUAUUCACCCGUAUUCGACCCGAAAGCGCGAACACGCUCUUCACCCCGGUCGACUCAUGGGUUACAAAAUGCGUGCGAUGGUCGCCCUGAAUGGCACCGGGCCCUACGAAGGUCGAUACAUAAGCGUGUUUUGGCAACUCCUGCCAUCACCCGACGACCACAACCUGUCGUGGCCCAUGAAGGACACAGUCACGGUGCGGGUGUUGCCCGCGGGCACGAAUGAGGCCUUCUCAUCCACCUCGGUGUCGGGCCACGUUCGGAACCCCAAGUCAUUUUUGCGGCCCGAGGGCAACCGUCCCACGCCGCCAUGGGGAUUCAAGAAGUUCAUCAGCCAUCAGAAUUUGGAAAGCGGCCAUUUCAUUCAGGCCGACACGCUGUGGUUGGCGUUUGAAGUCACGGAGGCGGGCACUGGGAAGUUCGGCCAGUCCAACGCGAGGCGCCGCAAGCCGAACGAAGGGCCGCAUUUGCAUUCGAAUGUCUCCCACGCGACUCCGGAAUGGAGAUUUCUGCUGGCCGCCACCCAACUAUUCGUGCUUCUUCGACUGCGAGUGAUUCUGGAGAAAGAUGAACCCGAGGCAGCAACUGCUGUGAAGUACCGCAUGACCGAGUACAAGAACGCAGCUGCCAACCUUUCAUUCGACUUGGAAGCCAUCGUCGUUGUCAUCGACACUGCCGACGCCUUCAAAAUAUCCCGGCAAAGUGUUCUCAGAGGAAUGGAAUAUCGUCCUGAUGUUCAUUCCAGUGAAGUUACCAUGGGCGUGUGA